CUUGUUCUUCAAAGCAGCUAAAACCCCGGCUACAGCCCCUAAUUGCCAAUACAAGCAUUUUCCGGUUCGCUGGUCUUAAUCAAUUGGCAUCAAAUUCUGUUCUUUUUUCUGUUAAAUUUCUUCACUGAUUACGGCUAUGACAAAGAUCGUUUCUUUUUGAAUGGCGAAUUUUCUUUCAUUUUCUUGGUGUUUUCUGUAUAAAUUCAAAGUUCAAAUUUUAUUGCUUUUGCAUGCCAAUGAUGUUUUGGGUAUCUUCAUGUUAAAACAAGCCUGAAUUAUCGAUGAUAACUCCAUUUCUGAGAUAUGCAAAUGCUUGAAUUCGGUUAAUUCGGUUGAUCGAUCAAGUCGGUUCUUCAGUGUUCGUUCGGUUAAUUCAUUGCUUGGUUAAAGUUGAUCGGAAAAAUUUCUCGGUUAUUGAUGAUAACUCCAUUUCUGAGAGAACCGAAUGUUUGAAUUCGGUUCAUUCGGUUCGUUCGGUUCUUUGGUGCUUGGUCGGUUAAAGUGAUCGGAAAUCGGUUAACCGAUUUAUGGUGUAUAUACAAGCACGUUAUAACCUUAAGUUACCGCCGCUUUAGACUCUAGGGUUCUCAAAACUAGAAAGACUCUUUCUAACUCUCUCUUCUCCCACCACUCCGCUUUGCAGUUGCUGCCGCCGGCGCCCCGACCCACUUUGCUUGGCUCUUGUCUUUCCAUUGGUGUUGUCCAAGAUGUCCUACGAAAUGGAAGACACAGAUGAUGAAUCCACUGAGCCCACAACUCAAUAUGAAGGUAAUGCAAAUAAAGCAACCAGUCGACCUGUUAGCUGUGGAAUCAAGAGAAAGUCAACUAAGCCAAGGUCAAAAACAAGGGGUCACUCCGCCAAAUUCGUGAAUGAGGACGGUGAGCCAUGCAAUCAUUGUGAUAGUGAGUUUCAUGCUGAUCAUAAAAGAGUUUGGAGAAAGAUUUCUCAUACUGAUGACGAAGCAGAUUCUGAUUUAGAAGGCAGUUGGAAAUUUGAUCAGGAGGCCAUUCAGAGGUCUUUGGCUGAAAUGAUCAUUUUAGAUGAGUUGCCCUUUAAGUUUGUGGAAAGCACAGAAUAUAGGCUAUGGAUGUAACUUGUAUGUCCUAGGUUUGAAGUUCCAUCAGGAUGGACUAUUGCUAGGGAUUGUUAUCAACUCUAUAUAGAAGAAAAGAUUAGCUUGAAGAAAUUUUUGCAGUCUUCUUCACAUAGGGUUUCCUUUACUGUAGAAACUUGGACCUCAUUGCAACAAGAGGACUGUAUGUCUCUCACAGCACACUUUAUAGACAAUGAUUGGAAAUUAAACAAAAAAAUGUUGAACUUUUUUCGGGUUUCUAGUUGCAGAGGUGAUGCUAAUGGGAAGGCAAUUUUGAUGUGUUUGCGAGAUUGGGGAAUUGAUAAGGUUUUCACUAUCACAGUUGACAAUGCUAGUACAAAUGAUGAUGCAAUAUCUUUCUUGAAGAAUAGAUUCAACCUAUUUGGAAUGGGUAUUCUACGAGGCAAAUAUCUUCAUUUGAAAUGCAUUUCAGACAUUAUCAAUUUAAUUGUUAGUGAUGUGUUAAACGAAUUUAAUGAUUUAGUUGCUCGUGUUAGGGGGGCAGUAAUAUAUGUCAGACAAUCAUCAUCUAGCUUGCAAAAAUUUAAAGAGUGUGUUGAGAUACAAGAGAUUCAAUCCAAGAAUUUCUUGUGCUUAGAUGUUAGCACCAAGUGGAAUUCCACUUACUUGAUGUUGGAUGUAGCUCAAAAAUUUGAAAGGGCUUUUGAGAGGUUUGAAGAUGAGGAUCCUUUUUAUAAAGAUGAGCUUUUGUUGGGAGAUGGGGUGCCUGAUAGUAAUGAUUGGGUAAAUGUUAGGAGGUUAGUCCUUUUCUUGCAACCUUUCUAUGAACUCCCUUUUAAAGUUGCGGGUUCAUUUUGUGUCACUUCUAACAUUUUCUUGGGGGAAAUUUGUGAAGUUUAUCGUCUUUUGCGAAAUUGGCAGUCAAGUAGUGAUGCUGAAUUCAGUACAAUGGCCAAAAGAAUGAAGGAAAAGUAUGAUAAGUAUUGGGGGAAUGUGGGAAAAAUGAAUGUGUUGCUUUAUGUUGCUGUUGUUCUUGACCCUCGGAAUAAACUUGACUUUGUGGAAUUUUGUUUUACAGUGAUGUAUGCAGAAGAGGAAGCUGAAGUGAUGACCAAAGAAGUCAAGGAAGCAGUCUUUGAGUUAUUAUAUGAUUACAAGAGAAUGAUGGAACUCUCGCAAUCUAAGCAAGUGAGUGAUAGAAGCCAAAUGAGCCAAAAAACACAAGCCUUUGGUGACACUAACCUACUUCAGAAAAAGAAAAGGGGUUUGAGCUCAGAUUUCAAAAAGUAUAGGGAAAGUCGAUGCACGGAACAAAAAACGGACCUGGAUAAGUAUUUGAGUCAAGAGCUUGUUGAUGAUGAAGAUGAUGAUGAUGAUGAAUUCAAUAUUCUGGAUUGGUGGAAAUCAAAUAGUCGUAAAUUUCCCGUCCUUUCGCAUUUGGCUCAUGAUGUCUUGGCAAUUCCUAUAUCCACAGCUACUUCGAAAUCUGCUUUUAACACUGGUCGAUGUGAGCUUGAUGCAUACAGGGGUUCUUUAACUUCUAAGGUGGUGCAAUCCCUUGUUUGUGCUCGCGAUUGGCUACGAAGACCAUCACAUCUAAAUCCAACUUACUUCGAGGAAGAAAUGGAGGAGAUUGACAAACUGGACUUAGAAUUUUCAAAAAUUGAAUUGGAAUCGGCAUUGGAUUAGGGGAAAUGUGUUUUCAUCAUUUUCAAGCUUAGCGAUGAAGAUGUUUCACUAAGAUGUUCGGGUUUACUUUCUUCGGAAGUUGUUUCCUUGUCGGAACUUUUUAGUAUUCUUAGUUGUCGGAAAUCGGAACAAUUUUAAUAUUUCUUUGCUUAUCUUUGUUGGAACAUUUUAAUGUGUUUUCAUUUAUGUUUGUAAGAAUA